AAUUUUCUUACAUUAAUUGAAUUUCAGUUUUCUAAUUUUCAUACACUUUUUCGUUUGCUCCUUUACCUUGCACAGAAGAAGAAUAUCAAGCACCGUCCAAAGAUCUGUGCUCAGUCCUUCACUUCUUUUCCUUGCUUCUGCAGACGAGCUUUCCCUUGCGCCGAUUUAUUUUCUUUACCGUUUCAGAAUUGCCACCUGUUAUGGUUGAAACAGACAUGGAGAACGAAACUGCUGCAAACGUGGUUCCGUCAAAGGAGACUCCAAACAAGGAUCCCGUUUCUCAUCAGUCCUCACAUCCUCCUCUUAAUGAAAGGAUUAUAUCAUCUAUGACCAGGAGAUCUGUUGCUGCUCACCCGUGGCAUGACCUUGAGAUAGGGCCUGGCGCUCCAACGAUCUUCAAUUGUGUGAUUGAGAUAGGGAAAGGAAGCAAGGUGAAAUACGAGCUGGAUAAAAAAUCGGGACUUAUCAAGAUCGAUCGCGUGCUUUACUCAUCGGUUGUUUAUCCUCACAACUAUGGUUUUAUCCCACGUACUAUUUGUGAGGACAGUGAUCCCCUGGAUGUCUUGAUCAUCAUGCAGGAGCCAGUUCUUCCCGGCUGCUUUCUUCGGGCCAAAGCAAUCGGUCUCAUGCCCAUGAUUGAUCAGGGGGAGAAAGAUGAUAAAAUAAUCGCUGUCUGUGCUGAUGAUCCUGAGUAUCGUCAUUACAAUGAUAUCAAGGAGCUUCCUCCACAUCGUUUAGCUGAAAUUCGUCGCUUUUUUGAAGACUACAAGAAGAAUGAAAACAAGGAAGUUGCUGUAAACGACUUUUUGCCUGCCUCAGCUGCUUUUGAAGCGGUUAAGAGAUCCAUGAGCUUGUAUGCGGACUACAUAGUGGAAAGCUUGAGGCGGUAGCCGUUGAUGAACAUUCACGUCAAGGAUUUUGAAUGGCGGAACAAUUGAUGAUAUUUGCUUGGAAAAAGGCUGCAUUAUGAAUAUUAUGUUGGAAUAAAAAGAAAACAUUUUACUUUGGACAGGUGUUCCUUCCUCUUAGCAAAUGCUUUUUUUACAUGUGCUCAAUUUCAAAUUCAAAUAUGUAUCCCUGCAAUUCAGUCACAUGUAUCUGCCUCUCAGCAUAUGCAUAAUCUUGUCGUGUUCAAUUUCGAAUGUUUUAUCCGUGUAUAAAUUUAUAUUCCCUCUUCUAGUACUA